CUUCCUUGAUUAAACCUUCCGUACCCAUAUCCACCUGCUGCUCCGACCUUCCAGUCUUCUCCGUAGGGGCUUCGCUCCAUAGAUUUCGCCGCAAGGGGCAACGGCACACCCACCAACUGACCUGACCCACGAGGGAUCCGCAGAUGAAGAUCAUUCCGGUCCCUUGCCUGGAUGACAACUAUGCCUACUUAAUCGUGGACGAGAGCACCAAGAAGGCAGCGGCCGUUGACCCUGUGGAACCGGAGAAGGUUCUCAAGGCGGCCGGCGAGGUCGGCGCCUACGUCGACUGCGUUCUCACCACCCAUCACCACUGGGAUCAUGCUGGUGGCAAUGAGAAGAUGAGGCUGCAGGUGCCAGGGAUAAAGGUAUUUGGAGGAUCCCUGGACAAUGUGAAAGGCUGCACUGAUCAGGUGGAGAAUGGAAUGAAGUUGUCACUUGGGAAGGACAUUGAGAUACUAUGCCUACACACGCCUUGCCACACUAAAGGUCAUAUCAGCUACUAUGUUACUAGUAAGGAGGGUGAAGAUCCAGCGGUCUUCACCGGAGAUACCUUGUUCAUUGCUGGGUGUGGGAAGUUUUUUGAGGGUUCUGCAGAGCAAAUGUAUCAGUCCCUUAUUGUUACACUGGGUUCGCUGCCAAAGUCAACCCGAGUUUACUGUGGGCAUGAGUACACUGUGAAGAACCUAAAAUUCAUGCUGACACUGGAGCCAGAGAAUGAGAAGACGAAACAGAAACUGGAAUGGGCUGAAAAGCAGCGCGAAGCGAAUCAGCCAACAGUGCCCUCGACUAUAGGAGAUGAGUUUGAGAUAAAUACUUUCAUGCGUGUUGAUCUACCAGAAAUACAGGCGAAAUUCAGUGUCAACUCUCCAGUUGAAGCAAUGAGAGAGGUCAGGAAGACCAAGGAUAAUUGGAGAGGUUGAGGACACCCAUGGCCGCCACUAGUCUGUUGAACCAGCAUUCCAAAGUGAACUAAUGCAGAAACCUUGCCCUGUAGGUGGGAAUGAGGUUUACUGCCGUGCAAUGCUUUGAGAAAUGUGUUGUUGUGAAGGAGAAGACUCCUACAAUAAGCUCCGCGUUAAUGAGUAGUAACAAUACGCUCCUUGUAACUUGUGGUCUGUUUGCCAAUAAUAAUGUACGAACUGUAGUGCCUAUCUUGAAAAUAUGAAGAGCUAUAAUGGGUAUAACCUGCCUGCAUUUUAUAUUUAUUCAGGGAUCAUCAGUAUAUGGAUUAUGAUCGAUGGAUACAGAUGAUAAAGAUGGAUGAGCUGCUAUGCUUUCACUG